AUGUUCCUAACCGACCUGCCAACCGAAAUUGUGCUGGAGAUCUACAAAUAUCUAGCCGUCCCGGAGCUGCUCUGUCUGGCACUUACUACAAAACAAGCCCAUUCACUCUGGCUUGGACUUCUCUACGACAAGGCCAUUGAGCACGAUGAGAAUCAUGUCGGCUACCCUUUAUCUCUCUGCCUUGCGGCUCGAUCUAAACAGCUACGACCUUUCAAGGCCUUGUUAGAAAGGACUCGAACCAUUUCUUCCGAGGAUAUACCUGACAGGACUGACAAGGGCGUGCAUUUGUGUGGGAUGUAUAGCUGCCUCUGGGACGGCUUCACCUCAACCCUCCUCCAUGUUGUUGCGGAAGCUGGUGAAGCGGCCAUGCUUCGUCUGAUCCUAGACCGGGGUGCGCAUGCUACAGCUCGGGACUGUGGGGGAUGGACUCCUCUCCACUGUGCAGCGUGGAGGGGAAAUCCGAACGUGGUAGAAAUGCUGAUAGAUGCUGGCGCCUUGGAUGCCCCGAAAACCCCUCGCGAAUACGCACUGGCGAUUGCCAUUGCUCAAGGCCAUUACGAGGUUGUCAAGCUACUGCUAAAGCAUGGUGCCGACGUCUCUCUGCCUGUAUGGGGCUUAAUUCCUCUCGCAGCUGCUGCCAAACAUAAUGAAGCUGAGAUUGUAAAACUGCUUCUUGACGCCGGUGGUAGUGCACCAUGCCCAUUUGACGACAACCCCCUGGAAACGGCAUUCGAAGAGUCUCUGCAGGCCGACGGUGUCGAGGCUUUUCGCGUUCUCGUUGAAGCUGGGGCUCGCGGCCGCACUCCGAUCAUCAAGCGGAAGGCCAUGUCCUGUUUAUCCAAGCUUCGUAUACUGAUCGAAUUUGGCGCCGAUGUCGUUGGCUUGGACCCUAGCGAUGGGACCACUGUACUCCACUAUCUGAUACCUCGACCUAUGGUGAUCCAACUGUUACUUGAAACAGCACCGGAACUCACUCUCAUGCAAGACAAACGCGGUCGAACUCUCCUGGAUGCGGUAUACAUGGCCGGAUUCCGGUGUGCUGAGCAAAUUCCAAUGCUUUUAAUUGAGGCGGGUGCCGCCAAAGGCAGUGGCAGAGCUGUUGAUGAGUACGGGAACAGUGCACUUCAUAUGGCAGCUCGUUACGGACACGUAGGGGUUGUCAAGGCAUUGCUAGACGCCGACCCAGCCUUGGCCCUGUCUCGCAAUUCAAACGGUUACACGCCUCUACAUUUUGCACCAACCGACAGGCUAUUCUUUAGGGAAGAGGAUGUUCCCAUCAAACACCAAAGCCCCAUGAAAUAUAAAUACAGCACAGGAGACCGGGCCUUGGACGGUAUUUCUAUCAUCAAAGAUCUCUACGAUGCUGGCGCCGAUCUGUCUGCACAAACCGAUGAUGGUUCUAGUGCGCUCCAUAUUGCGCUCUACAACAGAAAUAACCCAGUCGCCAUCACCCUGAUUGAUUUGGGGAUUGACACUGGUCUCAUCGACUUGUUCGGCUCAACAGCUCUAGAUCUUGCAAUUCUAACAGGUUCGCUACCACUCGUGAGGCGCCUCAGCAGAACCAAAUCGGACUCGGAAACGAGGACCAUGCCACGACACUCGUCGGAAGAUCGUUGA